GGCCUAAUUCUCCAUGUAAGAUCUCAUCAAAGCUGGCAUAAUGUCUUCGGUGUCAGGAAUCCGGGUGGGUUUGUGCCUUCUGCGAUAUGGGCCACAGUCGGGGGUGCCCAUUGUGUCUUUUUGCAGACGACUUCAUAGCGUUGCAGAUCCAAAGUCUACACAUUCAGGGAAAUUGCCUCCUUCCUCCUGUGCAAUGUCGACAGUCGCUCCUCAGAAACAGACCAAAACCUUCAGAGUGGAGUUGUCUGAACUAAGCGAAGAAAUGGAGAUAGCUAAAUCAGUCAAAUACCAUCGAAGGUUUAUUACAGACGACAACCUAGUGAAUAAGAUUUUGUAUAGCCUUGAUUCCUGUGAUCAAAGAACAACACCAGUUAUAAUAGAGUGCAACCCAGGUCCAGGAGUUCUCACUCGAGCAUUGCUAGAUGCUGGUUUUAAUGUUGCUGCUUUGGAAAAGGAUGAAGUUUUUCUUCCUGGGUUAAAGAAACUAGAGGCGAAUACAGAUGGGCAACUAAGAGUUUUCUACUCUGACCCCUUCAGACUAGAUCCUUUCUUUGAUACUGGUGUCCAUCCUCCCCCUUUGUAUUCCACUGCGUUGAUGGAAGAGUUGGGCAUCAGCGAGGUGCCCUGGGAUGCAGAAAGUCCUUUAAAAGUUUUUGGGAUUCUUCACCAUAAAAAUGAGAAGAAUAUCGUUUGGCGAUAUAUGUAUGCGGUAUAUGAGAGGAUCUCAAUCUUCAGAUACGGAAGGACUGAAUUAAAUUUGCUUAUGAGUGAAAAAAUGUACAAGUGCCUCCUUUCUAAACCUGGAGACUAUCAACAUUAUCUAGCGCUUCAAGUGCUGUUCAACAUAGCCUUUGAUAUCCAACUGCUACACAAGGAGCGUGUUUCCACAUUUGCUAUGCCCCAAAAGUGUAAAGGUCCUUCGGCAGCCAAAUCUGAGGGGUCUUCAGGUGACCAUCUGUGUUUAGUACGCUUAACUCCACGAAGAAACCUGUUUAACGAGUCUCUUUCACCUGAAAAUGCUAAGGUGUUUAUUGGCUUCAUAAGGCAGUGCCUUGGAAAGCGAAAGUCAACACUCCUAGAAAAACUGAACAUCUGGCAACCAGGUCAUGGAGAACAGACAUUACAACGCUUAGAUCUGCCCAAAGAUACAACCACCGGAAAUAUGAACCCAGAAGAAUACAAACACUUGUAUGAGAUCCUGAUGCAAUCAGAAGAUUUCAACCAGAGUUUUCUGUUUGAUGAUCUCUGUCACUUACGUCACUUGUUGCCAGAAACUGAGCAGGGCGAUCUGGCUGGCGCUCAGCUCCUGGCAACCAGUGAUGUCAGUGAGCUGGGUCAGAUGCUGGACAGAGGUGCCAAGCACUCCCCCUGCUCCUCAGAUCUCAUCAGGCGACACAUCUCCGCUGUCCAUUCUGCAACUGAUGGAACAACAGGGGAAUUCCAAUGCCGUGGUAUUAAGGCUCUGGCAGCAAUGAUAAAGAAUCUGAGCAGGGAUUUCUUCACCUUAGAGAUAGAGCCCGGAAAGACCUAUAAUAGAGCCAUUUUGGGCGUGAUGUGCGUUUCAAUGGAGGCUGAAAGGAAAUACAGGGAGUCCCCGCUGGUCGGGGUAAUCAAAGCGUGGUAA